AUGAUGAUGGCUGAAGAAGAUCCUCAGCAACCAAUGCAAAAUAAUACAUAUCUAGAUGAACUUCAAGGAGAAGUUUCAUCUUUAGCACCAUCCUCUCAUGCUGCUCGACUAAUAUCAGAAGAAAUUGAAAGAGUACAGUCAGGAAAUGCUCCUGCUGGUUCACAAAAAGAGGAAAAAAAUAUUCCCUGCUUUGAAAUACACACUGGAAAACCCUACAAACACUCAUGCAAAAUCAAGAUCCCUGUCAAAGAAUUCCCCAAGUUCAACUUCGUAGGGAAGUUAUUGGGACCAAAAGGAAAUUCUUUGAAAAGAUUACAAGAAGAAACCAUGACAAAAAUGUCAAUUCUUGGUAAAGGCUCCAUGCGGGACAAAACUAAGGAAGAUGAAUUGAGAAAAGAAGGUGGCAAGUAUGCUCACUUGAAUGAAGAUCUACAUGUCUUGGUAGAGGUUUAUGCUGAAGCUUCUGAUGCAUAUCAAAGAAUGGCCCAUGCUUUUACUGAGUUACAGAAAUACUUAAUUCCAAAUGAUUACAAUGACGAAAUCCGUCAACAACAGUUACAGGAAUUGAUGUACCUCAAUGGUGGAGAUGGCAGUCGCGGCAGAGGGCGGGGGAGAGGUGCUCCUGGACAGACUCCACGUGGGGCACCCAGAGGUGGUUUGUUGACAAAUCCUGGUGGACGGGGAGGACCUGCUGGCAGGGGUGGAGCAAUCCCACCUCCAUCUAGAGGUGCUCCUGCUGGUCGUGGUACUCCUCCUGCCAGAGGAGGGCCACCACGUGGUGGCAUGGCUGCUGGCCGUGGUAGAGCUGCCCCUGCUCCUCAAGUACCUCCACCAAUGGAGCAGAGCUAUGAUGAUUAUGGAUAUGAUCAAAGUUAUAAUGAGGGCUAUGGAGACCAAGGUGGCUAUGAAGGUGGUUAUGGGGAUCAGUCUUAUGGACAAGUGGAUUCACAGUAUUAUGACUAUGGACAUGGUGCAGGUGGGCAGUAUGAUGAAGGCUAUGGUGAUGGUUGGGGCACAAAUGUUGGUCAAAUGAAGGCCCCACCCCCCACUCGAGAGUCAACCCAAUCUAUCCCUACUUCUUCCCUGCUACAGUGGUCGUCGUCGCUGUCAUCGUCCAGUCUUUCCCAUCUAGCUCUGCAGGAUGAGUUUGACCGACUGAUGCAGACCUCAGUCAGUUGUGGCCCACAGAAGACUAACAAGCGUGUGAGUGAGGACGAGGAGGAGGUUUCAUCUGAAAGCUGGCCUUUCAUGUGGAUGCUGAAAUUGCAAUUCUGCAUUUUCAUUGUACAUUUGUGA